AUGAGGGCCCGUACUAAUAUUCAGCCUUGCCCACCUGGCUCAGCAAGCUUCAAACAAUAUCAGUGUUCUGCAUUUAAUGCUAAAGCUUUUGGGAAGCUAUAUCAUCGUUGGGUGCCACUAUAUCCGGAUGAUUAUACCAGUAUCUCUAGCAAACCAUGUGACCUUCAGUGCACCAGUACCACGCGGGAGAGGCAGCUCUUGGUACCCGCCCACGACGGCACAAGCUGUAAGGAUAGGACGUACCAAGGAGUCUGCAUCAGCGGCAAGUGUGAGCCAGUGGGAUGCGAUGGGAAUCUGCACUCUACUAGAUCUUUAGAUCGAUGCGGAGUUUGUGGUGGAGAUGGGAGUACCUGUUACCGGGUAUCAGGAAGCUUUCGGAAGUGUGUUUUAGGUUACGCUCUAAUCACAUUGAUUCCAGUCGGAGCCUUUGAUAUAUUAAUCACAGAAAAAAGAAAUACAGAAAAUAUUUUAGCACUGGCAGACUCCGCUGGGAAUUUUUACAUUAAUGGAAACAUGAUGAUGGACAAUCCUCAGAACUUUCGUGUGGCUGGAACGUUGGUGAAAUAUCGCCGACCACCCAAUGUGCAGAGUGAGGGGCUGGAGUACUUAACUGCACCAGGACCAACCAACCAGUCCCUCAGUGUCAUGUACUACAACUUCAAUGGGAAGAUUCCUCACAUUACUUAUGAAUAUAUGGUACCUCGGAUCCCAGAACCACCUCUUUCCUUUCACUCCGGGCCGAGGGAAUUGGGUAUUAAAGCCCCUAAUGAUGUACAGACUGAGACCCAGAGAGAGUCUGAGGGGAACUUGCAAGAACCACCUGAUACCUGGAACUGGGGAAACCAACAGGAGUCAGUGGGCUCAGAAAUACACAACGAGAGAUCAAGCAAAGGUCUCGUGGUUGGCACGGAUGCUCCUCAGGGAUUGCUCCAGACUGAUUUAUGGAGACUCUGCGAUGACCACAGCAACCCUACUCUCUGCCAAACUCUGUUUGGUGAGCAGGUUGCCAGGCCUGGGGGUCUUACAUUCAUGGAGCCUGCACAAGAAACACAGCAACUCAGGGAUAAUCUUAUGUUGCCAGCUGUUCUUGAGCAUCUUGGACAUAUUCCGGGCACACAACCGCUGCACUCACCCGAUUCUAACAGUGAUUCAGUAGCCGGACAGGACAUAAGCCGUGAUGACAUGUAUCGCUGGAAGGUCUCAUCCUAUUCACCCUGUAGCUCGACCUGUAGCUUAGGAAUCAGCUCCACCUAUGCUUUGUGUAUUCGAUAUGACGGAAGAGAGGUAGAUGAAUCAUAUUGUGAUCCCAUGACAAGACCAGAGCCUACCCAUGAGUUCUGUUCAGGAAGAGAAUGUACACCUAGGUGGGAGUCUAGUGGUUGGAGUGAGUGCUCUCGGACUUGUGGGCAAGGAGUACAAGUGCGCUCCGUUCGGUGUUGGAAGAUGUUGGCUCCUGGGUUAGAUAGCUCAGUGUAUGAUGAGCAAUGUGAGGGUUCUCAAGUCCCAAAACCACCCCAAAGAAAAGUAUGUAAGAACAAGUCAUGUGGACCUCAAUGGGAAUCAUCAGAGUGGUCAGAGUGCUCAGCGGCCUGUGGGUCUGAGGGUGUGAAGAGAAGAGAGGCGAGAUGUUCUUCAGAUUCCCAUCAAUGUGAGGAGUCUCUGCGGCCACCUGCCGAAAUGUCAUGUUUAGGACCUCCAUGUGACCAUCACUGGACAUCAUCCGAAUGGGGACCGUGCUCAGGCCCAUGUAGCGAAGGGCACAUGAAACGCUAUGUGGUUUGCCGCAACAAAGAAGGGAAGACUAUUCCAGAUGCCCAGUGUGAUGCAGACAGUAAACCUAUUGCCAUACAGCCUUGUGGGGAAAUGCACUGUGCCCCACACUGGGUACCACAAGAGUGGGGACAGUGUAACGCUACCUGUGGACGUGGAGAGAAAACACGGCAUGUACUGUGCGCUGGACUGGAGAAUGGCCUGUACCGGGAGUAUCGUGACUAUAUGUGUGACCUCUCUCGGAAACCAGAACAGAGAACAUCCUGCUUCCAGAGACCGUGUUCUGCCUGGUUCACUACUGCAUGGUCUCAGUGCAGUAAGACCUGCGGCGCUGGACAACAAGUCCGAGAAGUGAAAUGUUAUCAAGGUGAGGAGUUGGGUCAGGGAUGUGACCCCUCUAUAAAGCCAGAGAGCAAACAGAACUGUCAGCUGCAGCCUUGUCCUACUGAAGCGCCAGAUGAAGAUUGUGAAGACAAAGCUACUGCAAACUGUUCGUUGGUGCUGAAGGUGAAGCUAUGUUCACACUGGUAUUAUCGCCGUGCUUGCUGUCGUGCCUGUGGCGGUAAAACCUCCUGAGCUCCAUAUCUACCCUCAGAACAGCCGUUUAUUGUGAAUUCAAUGCAUCCACCAUUGAGAGCCCUUUGGUCCCAGUGUUUGGGUAUUAUAGAGGGUAUUAGAAAGCAGUGGUUUAGCAGUGGUUCAUUUUACCUCUUUAUUCUAAUUUAACCAUAUGUGCCUCGUGAUCAAUCUGCUGUUUAUGUGAAUAUGUGCUUAAAGGGACAUGAAACCCAAACAUAUUCUUUCAUGAUUCAGAUAAAGCAUACCAUUUUAAACAACUUUCUAAUUUACUUUUAUUAUCUAAUUUUCUUUGUUCUCUUAGUAUUCUUUAUUGAAAAAGAUAUCUACAUAUGCUCAGGAGCUAGGAGCUAGCUGCUUAUUGGUGGCAGCAAAUAUAUACCUCUUGUCAUUGGUUUACUGAUGUGUUUAGAUAACGCCUAGUAGUGCAUUGCUGCACCUUAAAUAAAGGAUACCAAUAGAAUGAAGCAACAUUAAUAGAAGUAAAUUGGAAAAUUGAUUAAAAUUGUAUGCUCUAUCUGAAUCAUAAAUGAAAAUAAAUUGGGUUUAAUGUCCCUUUAUAUGCCCUUACAGUGCCUUUAAAUAUAGUACCACCUUGCUCUGGCAUUGAAGGGUCUUUCUUAAAAUGGUAUUAUGUUUGUACAAAUGAAUUGGGCAUUAUGUACUGGAGCAGACGUGGUUUGCCUUCCAAUUAUGAAUAAGGUGCUACGUUCAGAUACCGUGCACAUUUUCUCACAGCCUAACUGUAUUAGCACAUUUGUAGAAAAUGAUAUUUAAACUGCCAAAAGAACUCAGUUUCCUAGACACUGUAUGGAAGUCCACGGUUUGUUAAGCAGUUUUUCAUUAUCGAGUCAAUGUAAUUCUGACCGUAGAACAUUUCACGUAGGAAAUGAUUUGUUCAUUUUGCUCUGUUGACCGUAACAUCAGAUUUUGGAUGUGGUGUCGCAUUCUGACGUAUCACAGGCAUAUUAUAAAACGGAAAUGUUGUAUUUGUGAGACAACGGCCGCCAAAUCUGGCUCCAGCUAGUUACAUUGGCUCAAAAAGAUGUAUUUUUAUUAUUCUUAAUAAAACAAGAAUUUAACUAAUAAAGAA